AUGAGUUGCAUCAUGUUGUCAAAGAAGAAGACGAAAGUUCGUCUCGAUAUGAGUCGGCAAUAUCUUGUCAAAGUGAUUCGUCCUGCAAAGACUACUAUCUCCCCGAUAUCACCGUUAAAUGAUGAACAUGAAAAGAUAUAUUGUGAGCCGCCCCCUGUUUGGGCGGCGCAGCUUAUCAAGCAAGUCCACGAUCUUCAAAACCAGGUUGAGCAACUACAAGAAGAAGUCAAGACACUCCGCAAGAUUUCUGUGAAACCUUGUUCUAGCUGCGGAGAGUCAGAAGAUAAAGACGCGGACACUUUGGAGGCACUUAAGCUGAGCACGAUACCUGCAAAAAUGGGAUCAGCGGCGUUAGCAAAAACAUUUUCAGUUGAUAUUAAAAAUGAGGCGCUCGUGAGUGGUGAACACACAGCAGAGACGGAGAAUACAACUGGUGUUGAGCAACGGAUCCUCGUUCCUAGUGUUGCUGAUGGUAGCGUAAAGGAUGAUCCUGAGAAGCGGAAACUUAUGGCGGAAUACGACUAUAUCAACAUGCAGAUUAUGGCGAAUCAGACAGCUAUCGACGACGCCCUUGUCUACGUGAAGACACUCAAACAAGUCGAUGAAGCGAGUGCUGCAGAGCACCACAGUCAGAUUAUGGAGCUCGUCGUCUCAGUUAAUCAGGAAAAGGAAAAACGGGCUUCUGCGCUGGCUGUCUUAAUCGUCUAUUGCUGUCUCUUCAAGCAGAAAAGGUGGCGCUUGAAGAAGAGCAGCAACAGCUUCUGGUUAGCUUUUUGCAAGAUGACGACGAGAUCCAAAAACUGGUUAAAAAGCUACUGGCAGAACGCAAGUGUCGCACAAGCCACGACUUCCGGUGUGCUGUCCAAGCGUGUUUUGUCCGUGGAGGCCUUUCGGCGAGAACGACUCGAGCGCUCGAGCGUCUCCCACCUCACUCCCUCGCCGACCAAGGCGAUCCCCAUUCCUCUGUACCCCGGAGAGUCUCAGCAGCAGUACAGCUACAAGUUCGAGCAAUGGCUGAUGAAGAAACACAUUCAUCUCGAGUCAGUACAAAGAGAUCCGAAGCACGAACGUAAACUGUGGCUCGCCUUCGCCUUCAACACAUUGAACCCGUCGACAACAGAGAGAGUGGCGCCUCACAAUGCAACCACGAAGUCGAACGGAGAUAGUGACAGAAAAUUCGACACCUAUACGACGUCUAGUGUCUCUAUCAACGAGUAUAUGCAACAAAUGAAAGGACCAAAGCAGAAUCGACGCACAAAUGGCAAGUUAGCCAAGAUCCCCAUGCCGUUAUUCUCAGGUGAAACAAUGGACGAUUACGAGCAUGAACUUGGUCGCUGGCUUCAUCAUCGACAGCCUUCAGUGCUAUCGCUGCGGUUCAAGCCGCUCAAAGAGCGAUUAUAUCGCCAUCAAUUCGCAAACCAGCGAGUUUUGAAUAGGACAGCGUCCGUCAGCGCUAAAGAGCUGCACACACAGGAGACACGGCCACAGUCUUUACUACCAAAAGCUAAGAGUGAUGUUCAAGAAGCAAAUGAACCCACUGGGUCUCGUGAUCAAGCCAAACACAACGCUACAAAGGCUACAUCAUCAACUGAACUAGCGGCAAAGACGUCGCUGUCUCAGAAAAUUCCAGAGAUUAAGGCCGCAGAACGCGCCGUUCAAGCCCGAGUCGAUGAAGACUCCAAGAUGCGGCACUUAACAGAAGCGUAUAACCAUCUGAACAUUCAGAUUUCGAUGAACGAGACGGCUAUUGAUGACGGUCUUGACUGCAUAAAGGCCAUCAAAGAUGUGGAUGAGGCCACUGCGAUGGAGCAACACAGUCAAGUAAUGGAGCUGGUUGUCUUGAUCAACAAGGAAAAGGAGAAGCGUGCUAGUGCACUGGCUGCUUUGAUUGUCUACUAG